AUCCAACCCAGCGGUUACGCCCAUCGUCUCCUCCGAUCCGAUUCGAUUCGACGCGCACCGAUGGGCCGCUCCCCCACCGCCCCCGCGUACAGCAAGCGCAAGCGCCGCCGCCGCCGCACGGCCGGUGAUGGAGAGGGCGCCGCCUUGCUCGACUGCUUCUCCAACCUCCCCGACGACGUCCUGCUCGCCAUCACCUCCCGCCUCCCGACCCGCCAGGCCGUCUCGCUCUCCGCCCUCGCCCGCCGCUUCCGCCACCUCCCCACCUUGUUCCCCAGAGUCGAAUCCGUCUCCAUCUCCGACCCCCCCUUCCCGAUCCCGAUGCGCAACACCCCGCCGGUCAUCCUCCGCCGCCUUGACGUCACCCCGACCCGCCGCCUCGUCCCCGCCGCCUUACGCCGCUUCAUCGAAGCCGCCGCCGACAACGGCGUCUCCGAGCUCGCCGUCCGCCUGCGCCGCCGCGCGUGCCUUCCCAGGGACAUCUUCUCCAUCAGUUCCCUCACCGUGCUCUCCCUCGACACCUGCGCCGUGCCGCGCGCGUCCGCUGUCGCGUGCCCCCGCCUCCUAACGCUUAAACUCUACUCCCUCUUCAUCAGCCAGGAGACCAUUACUGCCCUCCUCUCUGUCGCCACCGGGCUCGAGAGGCUGGAGAUAGUGUUCUGCACGGGCUUGGUCGGCGGAUGCACGGUGGAGUCCUCGACGGUGAGGAGCUUCCUUUUUCGGCCCGCACUGGAGCAGCGGGAUGUCACUCUAAGGACGGCGGGGCUGAGGACAAUCACGCUUUACACACGACCGAGGACGCAGAGGGUGCGGCUAGCGCCUGCACCGGAGGUCAGGAAGGCAUACCUGCACGUCUCCAACAGUAGCAUCCUGACCUUCAGGAUGCGGCCGUUCUUGGAUGCUGGCACGAGUCUAGCUUCCCUCACUCUCAGAGGCGUUGCCAUGACGUUGUUAUCUGCUGAAUAUAAAGAUACUCUUAAGUUGCCAAUUACAUUUCAAGACUUGACGAUACUAUCAGUGAGGUUGGAUUUCUCGUGUGAAUCAGAAGUUCUUUUCCUGCUGAAGCUGCUUGAGAGCUGUCCUAGCCUACAACAGUUGACUGUUUCGGACGCUGAAAAACACAAGGAGGAGACAUCGCUGAGUUUUGCUGAUCACAAGGAGAGGCUGGCAAAGGUAUCAUGCCUAGCUGACAGCUUGGUGCAGUUCAACUUCGUUGGAUUCAAGGCUGGAGAUUAUCAGAAGGAACUCCUCGUUUUCCUACUAAAUCGAGCAACGAAACUGAAGAAGGUGGGGGUGCGGUUUCCAAAUAGCGAAGAUGAUGCUGUGAGGUGGGCUUUGUCAGUGAGGAAAGCCCCAAUUGAGAGAAAAUCCACUAAGUUCAACCUUUGCCACCUGGAGUUGGAGUAUCCCUGAUAGUUUGCUAGCGAGGUUUGUGUGACGCCACAUGAUUGUGGUUUUACCGCACAUUCAUUCAUUUGGUGGAACUUGUGUCUUACCUUGUGAACAUAACAUGGCAUGGUUGCAUUCUUUACAUAGACUAGCACAAUACCGCUGUUAUGGACUAUGAAAAUGCAUGUUGAAAAAGAAUUGUGUGCUAUUAUCUUAGCUCAUAUAAUCCAUAUGUGUUCCCGUCUU